AUGUAUGUAUUUCAAUGGGGGCACUGCCAUGGGAAUGGGUCCAAGUUGAGAUUGGGUUGGAACCACACUGAGCUGUUUUUCGGGCCGGAGUUGGCAACCAACGUUCAACUUUACCUCGACUUGGACACCUACUCACCUCGGUAUUUAUUAUUGAAAGGAACUACUGAAAGCUGAGUGGAAUUGUCAAACAAUAACUAUCAGCGCGCUUGUCUACACUAUCCGUCUUAUCAAGACGCGUUCGAAUCUCGUAUCUACAUACUCUGCAGCGAGCAGUUGUCCGCAAGUCAGGGGAAAACAGAGCAUUCUCCCUCACAGCAAAUGAAACCUGAUAGAUAUGGACAGUGUUAUUAUCUAUUUGUACUUAUUGAAGGCCGCUUUCUCUACUCGGCUACGAGCAAAAAGAUACUCUGAAAGGCGUCCCCCGUUUUCUGAAAUACAUAACUAAUCCAACCAUUCGGAAAUACAAAUUAGGACGGCCACCGCGCCACUCAUCCAUGAAAGCAUGCAUGCAUGAUAUGGUUCGGUUGAUCGUGGCUGCAGAACGCAGGGGUGACGUGAAUGCAGUGGCUGAUGUGAUAUUCGCUGUUACAUAUUAUUACGUAGUAUAAAAAGAAAGCAAAGGGUUAAGCUGUUUGCUGGUGGCACGCAAAACUUGAGGAGUUCCCUUGCUCUCUCUUUGGUUUAGUAUAGAUAUAUUUGUUUCUCCUCUGCUUCUGGAUUUUAUUUUAUUUUCUCCCUUGCCAGUGAUAUAUAUAGCUGACCCUUUUACAUUUCCCUGGAGUGGGCAACUCGGAAGAUUUCAGCUCGCGUACAUCUACAAAGUCAAUUCGGAAAGGCAUCUAUGAAUGCUACUCCUCCAAGCUUAGAGCGGAUUAGUUUAGUGACGAAUGUAUGGAGGGGGGAGGGAAAGAAGGUGUCCUUCUUUUUAUAUGUAAAUUGAAACAAGUUCUAUCAAUGAGCAUUGCAGCCAGCGAGAAGAACUUUUCUGGAAAUAGCUUGGACUGGUUGAUAACGGCCAAGACAAUUCAAUUCUUUUUUAAGUUUAGC